CGGCGCGGCGAGCGGAGCGGAGCGGAGCCGAGCCGGCGGCGGGGCGCACUGAGAAACGUCGUGGUUCUAUGGCGACAUACCUGGAGUUCAUCCAGCAAAAUGAGGAGCGCGACGGAGUGCGUUUUAGCUGGAACGUGUGGCCCUCCAGCAGACUGGAGGCCACGCGGAUGGUUGUGCCACUGGCCUGCCUCUUGACGCCACUGAAAGAGCGAUUGGAUUUGCCUCCCGUGCAGUACGAGCCCGUCCUGUGCACCAGGCAGACUUGCAAAACCGUUCUCAAUCCACUCUGUCAGGUGGAUUACCGAGCCAAGCUUUGGGCCUGUAACUUCUGCUUUCAGAGAAACCAGUUUCCUCCAGCAUAUGCAGGCAUAUCUGAAGUGAAUCAACCAGCAGAGCUUAUGCCACAGUUUUCCACAAUUGAAUAUAUAGUCCAGCGGGGUCCUCAGACCCCGCUGAUCUUUCUCUAUGUGGUGGACACAUGCUUGGAAGAAGAGGACCUGCAGGCCUUGAAGGAGUCACUGCAGAUGUCCCUGAGCCUGCUGCCCCCCAACGCUCUCGUGGGGUUGAUUACCUUCGGCAGAAUGGUCCAGGUUCACGAGCUGAGCUGCGAGGGAAUUUCCAAAAGCUACGUCUUCAGAGGCACGAAGGAUCUAACGGCCAAACAAAUCCAGGAUAUGUUGGGUCUCACAAGACCUGCCGCACCCGUUCAGCAAGGAAGAGCUCUUCAGCCUCAGGAGCAGCCUCACGUCACGAGCAGAUUUCUGCAGCCUGUUCAGAAGAUCGACAUGAACCUGACAGAUCUCCUAGGAGAGCUUCAAAGGGACCCAUGGCCAGUCACGCAAGGAAAAAGACCCUUGCGAUCCACCGGCGCAGCUUUGUCCAUUGCUGUUGGGUUACUGGAGGGGUCGUUUCCAAAUACUGGGGCCAGAAUAAUGUUGUUUACAGGUGGUCCACCAACUCAGGGGCCAGGCAUGGUGGUUGGAGAUGAGCUGAAAACUCCCAUCCGUUCCUGGCAUGAUAUAGAGAAAGAUAACGCACGGUUCAUGAAGAAAGCUAUGAAGCAUUACGAGGCGCUGGCCAAUCGCGCAGCUGCCAGCGGGCACUGCAUUGAUAUUUAUGCCUGCGCUCUGGAUCAGAGCGGCCUCUUGGAGAUGAAGUGCUGUACCAGUAUAACCGGGGGCCACAUGCUGAUGGGGGACUCCUUCAACACGUCCCUCUUCAAGCAGACCUUCCAGAGAGUGUUCAGCAAAGACGUCAGCGGGGAGUUUCGGAUGGCUUUCGGGGCCACGCUGGAAGUGAAGACUUCUAGAGAGCUGAAGAUCGCUGGCGCAAUUGGACCGUGUGUCUCCCUCGGUGUCAAAGGGCCAUGUGUGUCCGAAAAUGAACUUGGGAUCGGUGGCACGAGCCAGUGGAAGAUCUGCAGCCUUGACCCCACCAUGACGCUCGCCAUUUAUUUUGAAGUCGUGAAUCAGCACAACGCGCCGAUCCCGCAGGGUGGCAGGGGAGCGAUCCAGUUUGUCACACAUUACCAGCACUCCAGCAUGCAGAGGCGCAUCCGUGUGACCACCAUCGCCAGAAACUGGGCAGAUGCACAGAGUCAGCUGCAACACAUAGAAGCCGCCUUCGACCAAGAAGCAGCAGCGGUGCUGAUGGCCCGGCUGGGCGUUUACCGAGCUGAAUCGGAGGAAGGCCCUGACGUCCUGCGGUGGCUGGACAGGCAGCUGAUCCGACUGUGCCAGAAGUUUGGACAGUACAGCAAGGAUGACCCAAAUUCUUUUAGGUUGUCAGAGUCCUUCUCUCUGUACCCCCAGUUCAUGUUCCAUUUGCGACGAUCUCCGUUCCUUCAAGUCUUCAAUAACAGUCCGGAUGAAUCUUCGUAUUACCGCCAUCACUUUGCCAGGCAAGACCUGACUCAGUCGCUCAUUAUGAUCCAACCCAUCCUCUAUUCCUAUUCCUUCUAUGGACCACCAGAGCCUGUGCUUUUGGAUAGCAGCAGCAUUCUUGCCGACAGAAUACUGCUGAUGGAUACCUUUUUCCAGAUCGUCAUCUACCUUGGUGAGACGAUUGCCCAGUGGCGCAAAGCUGGCUAUCAAGAAAUGCCCGAGUAUGAAAACUUCAAGCAUUUACUGCAGGCUCCGUUGGACGACGCUCAAGAGAUCCUGCAGACGCGAUUCCCGAUGCCCCGUUACAUUAACACAGAGCAUGGGGGCAGUCAGGCACGGUUUCUCCUAUCUAAAGUGAAUCCUUCUCAGACACACAAUAAUCUCUAUGCAUGGGGUCAGGAAUCUGGCGCCCCAAUCCUAACGGACGAUGUUAGUCUUCAGGUGUUCAUGGACCAUCUGAAGAAACUGGCUGUGUCAAGUGCAUCCUAAUUUCACCUUCUAAGGAACUUAAAAGUCAGUGACCUGAAUCAUGCUGCUGAUUAACCUCAAUCUGCCAAGAAAUUAAUAACAUUCCUCCCCUCUUUUUAAAUCAAUUUUUUAAUGAUUCCAUGUAACAAGCAAAUAAGAAGAUUUUUUGUAUUUCAGAUUUAAGUUAUUGAUGUUCCUUGUCUGCAUUCCACCGGGGAAUUUUUUUCAUUCAUGUAACUAUUCCAAGACAAUGCCUUUAUAACACCUUUGCUGUUCUCUGCCCUUGUACCUAAAAUAAAAACUGAGAGUGUUAAUACAUAA